AUGUUCCAAAGAAGAAGACCCAUUUUCCAGAGGGUCUCGAAACUACUAAAAGUCUCGAUCUUGAGAAGACCCAUCAUCCCAAGACUCAAGCUUCCCAUAAAACCAAGAAGAUCAACCAAAAGGGUCAAGCUCCUUAAGCAAUACAACUAUAGGUUUCUCCAAGAAUAUCGAUUCUCGCCUACAAACACAUCCUUUAUCCGAUACCGUAGUAAGAGAAUUCGUAUAUCUAGAUCGAGUCUUAGACGCAUUUACGGGUUAUUGUUUCUUUCCGAUUGCAUUGGCCGGUCCAAUGAUGAGCCUUUGCAUUGUGUCCACGGAUUUGCUUCUCCUGCAAUGGAGCUGAUUCCACAGUCUUUCGAUUACUUCAGCGAAGAUGAUUCAAUUGACAUGAAGGCAGAGAGAUUCAUCGAAAAGUUCUACUAUGAGAUGAGGAUGCAGGAGCGGGAAUUUGCUUGA